AUGCAUUUCUCGGCCAUAAUCAACAAUGCCGGCACUGCUACGCAGGUGAAAAACUCCCAAAUUUAUUUAAUUCUCUUCGGUCUGCUAUCACUCGGCUUCUAUUUUCUAAUACACCAAUACCUCCUCGCCAUCCAACGCGAUACGGAUCAAAUAAACCGAAUACAUCGAUAUCUCUUGCUCGUUAAGGACGGCCUGCAGCGCUUCUACCGCCGAAUAUAUGAAUACCUCAUCCCUAGCCCACCCCACACGUAUCUCUUCUACUUCUCCCUCACCUCCAUCUGCGUCCUCAUAUUCGGCGUCAUCGGCGUCUACGACAUCGUCACCACGUAUCCGGACUACUUUCCCCAUGGCCCGGUCAACAUAUCGCCAUUUCUUGCGGCUCUAGGACACCCCUUUACAGAAAUGGGCAGCUCAGAGUCACAAUUGUUGGACAAGGAGACAGCCACGGAGGCGGUGCCCGAGUACAUGCACUGGCACUUGGUGCUGAAGCUGUUGCUAUCGUUCGGAGUUGGCGGUUUUGCGGCGGUUUUUAUCGUGUUUUGGGUGGCAGGAUAUACAAAACUGCCAAUAAGUGGCCUCUGGCGACGCGCAACACCCGCUGUACAAGUCUCCGACGAGGACAGUAAUCAGAUUCUACAUCCUACACCGGAGGACGACACCGGGGGCUUUGAAGAUCAGCUGCGCCUCAGAGAUGAGAACAAUUCUUUGCGGGCCAGGAUGGAGGCGGCCGAGGCCAAGAGGAGAACGCUGGAAGAAGAGAUCGAGAAGCUAAGGCGCAAUAUCGAGCGGCUCGAGGAACUCCUUGAAGAUUACGAAAUGCAGAACAAUAAUGAGGUUGCAGAGCUCGAAAAACCGGAUACUCACGCGACUACGGGAAGGAAUGCUGCAGAAAAAAGCAGACGACUAGAAGAGAAGUCCAUGUCCCAGACUCACCUAGUGGAGCGGUUAUCGAAAAAGGUCAACAGCCUUGAAGAAGAGCUCAAACUCAAAUCCGAGAGCCCAAAUAUGUCUUUGCAGAAUACUUCUGAAUCCAAAGACCCCACCGUACUCGGAAGCGUGGUACAACAGUUGCGCUCUCAGCUUUCGGACACAGAGGAUCAAAAGCAAGUUGCAGAAAAGCGCUUACAAGAGGCUAGAGCAGCACAAGAGAAGCUCAAGAAUGACUUCAUGGCGCAACUUGCUCGAAAUCAGGGUGACCGUGCGACGACUCAAGACAACAGUAAAGAAUCGAUCAAAAUUCUGACUGAGAAGAUUGAAAUCAGGGAUGAGCAGAUUACGCAGAUGUCAGAAGAGGCUGAUAGGGAUAAAGAUAAGAUCAAACGCCUUGAAAAUAAGGCCGAAGAGCUCACCCUUCUUCUGGACGACCUUGAAGUGAAUAGAUCUGAUGACUUCAGCAAAUUCUGCGAGGAGACCGCCAAAGUAGCCGAGAGCAUGAGCGCCGACCUACAGGCCUUCUUCAACUCCAACGCGAAGCUUGCAGCUGUGGGAUCCUUAUGCACGACCGCGCUUAAGAGAUGGGACUGGUGGAGCACCGAAGACUGGAUCUCCAGGAAGCUCAGGCACAGCAACUACGCAUUUGGGCCACACGCCAUCCUCGCAGGGAAACACGAGGAGAGUGUAAUGGGCACCCAGUUCUGCUACGUGCUUCCAAUUGCACGUGCCUCCUCUCGCUGCUUCUACCCGCUCUGGUGCGCCAAACGGUAUGAGAAGCCUGUUAACGAGGAGGUACGCCGCAGCUGGGACGCCAUCAUACAACUCUGCCAGAAAGUCGAGGGGAACGACGAGGCUGAGGCACGGUAUAUCAAAGAGAUUGAAGGACUUGUUGGCCGAAAUGACGAGGAGGCUGCCCUUUCCUACAAUCCAAGUCACCGAUAUUUAGAGGGCUGUCGAAUUCUAGAUGACAAUCCGCUGAGGCGUGAAGAAGUCCGAUCGCAGCCAAUCAAUGCUGCUGUAAGGGUCAAAGACUACCUGGAAGAAGUUAAGUGCCGGCAAGAGAGCCUGCAAUCCGGCACAUUUGGAUCCCGGGCUUUUGAUGAGGAAUGGCCAGAAGAGAUCUUCCAUGCGCGCCGUGUUUGCUCGCUCCUUCGACACCUCCUCGAGGCGGCAUGGUAUUUGGCCAACAUACCGCUCGUCGUACAGAUCAUUCGCGUAUGGUUCGAAACCACUGAUAUUCUCGACGAGUCGAAACAGCUCCGCACCAAGUACGACGACGAGUUCAACUUUACUGAGGCAGACAGAGCUUGUGUGGACUUGCAGAACAUUAUUGCUCUCAGGUUGCAAAAACUUUAUGAUGUGUUCUUCAAUGAAGAGCCAAUCGCCGAGGGCCCAGAUGAGACAGCGGAGAUUGACAUCGUGUUUGAGCAGGAAAUCACCGACGAUGUGCGCAGAAUGCUGCGGGAUGAUGAGAUGAGAAGCGACUUGGGCGAGCAUCUCAAGGAUGCUGCAAUAUGGCCAGAUGAGGUGGAGGAGGAGGAGAGCGACGAGGAGAAGGCGGUGGUGGAGGAAAAGAACGAGACGGUAGAAAUGGAUGGGGUGGUGGAAAAGGGCGAGGAGAAGAAGGGGGAGUAG